AUGGUCAACAAGGAGGUUGAACUUACCGGUGGCAUUGAACAUUCACAUCCAACUGUACCGUUUGACGGAUUUCUUGUUUCCAUAGCCAGCCCAGCAUGUCGGAAUUUGAAGAUGAUCUUGAUGACCAGCUUCUUGAGCUCGCUGGGGCCAGUGUUCGAUGCUGGUAUCAUAACCCGUCGCCUGGUCUUCCGUACUCCACGACUCUCCGAUACAUCUUUAUGCAUCGCUUUCUGUUCAGAUCCCCCAAAUUUCGUGUACGAACCCGUAAAGUCAAGUGAAAACCUCCGCAAAACAUUCGUAGUUUCCCCAAGGAAAGGCGAACAUGCCCAGUUAGUGUUCAUCACGCCGACAGACCCCACAGCGCCCCUCUGGGACGAGAAAAACAAGCCGAUACAACAACCCAUCAUUGAACGGGUUGGUUCAAAGGAGGCGAGGAAGGAGGUUGCGAGUAUGGCGUUUGGGGAGUAUGGUGCGGACAUUGUGCAGUUGGAGAUUACGCCGGUUAAUGGACCGUUUGAUUCGUUUAUGAGGAGGAAUUUUGAAGAGUUUAAGGGGUGGAGAGCGGUAUGGGAGAAGGUUUGGGAGAUUUGGAGGGCUGAGUGGGAGUUGAAAACGUUGAAAGCGAAGAAGGCUUCAAGAAUAAGUACAGUAAGUGAUCACACAAGCCUGAGUGCGAUUCUACUACUCAGCCUCAUCUAUCACCCAAUAUUUGGCGGAAUGGCUAGCGCUAAUGCCAUUGUCCAGACUAAUCAUCAUGAAGGCAUCUUAGAUUUUUCAAAGUCCUUCUCCUCACGUCGAGAAGCGACAUUGGCUAACGGCCUACCACGUGAACUCCUCGCGUGCAUUUUCGAGACGGCACAGAACAUGUUGCUCCCAUCGGGACGCUUAUUCCGCCGUUUUCCUUUCAUUCUUGGAGGCGUAUCGUGGUAUUGGCGCAAAGUGGCUUUUACAGAACCGAAGCUGUGGUUGAAUGUGGAUAUCUCGCAUCCUCGGAAUUUGACCGCUUUACAAGGGUACCUUGCCAGGUCCAAGCGCUACCCUAUCGAUUUGAACUUGUUUUAUGACAACGCCCUUUCGGCAGACGUGAUUUUUGUCAAUGCCGAGGUCACCCAGCUUAUAGAUAUCCUGCAACCCCAUUACAGACGCUGUCGUUCUAUCAAAUUUCUUGCGACGUGUCCUGAACGUGCUGCAGAGAUGGAGAUGGUCAAAAUUCUUACGUCGAUGUCCAACAGCGAUUACCCGAUGCUGAAGCGUUUUCUCGUGCAGUUACCUGAAAUGGGUGACGAGUUAAGACCACAGUCAUUUAGAUAUGAAGCUCCAAACCUGACCAGUGUAUUCCUACGCGGUUUAGGUCUGAGCUACUGCCGCCCUCCUUUCAAUGCUGUCACCGAGCUCCACCUAGCAGUGGAGAAUAACACAAUCGAAGGCUGCGACUUUUUCGACAUGUUACGGGGCUGCGCCAAAACAUUGAUCACGUUAUGUAUCUAUGAUGAUCUGGUUCUUACAUGGCCUACCAUAAAUCACUCUAUUGCUAUGCCUUUCCUUCGGCAGCUGCGCAUUUUUGGGACUAUGCAUAAAGUUUCUGAGCUGCUACUCUUGAUAUCCGCACCAAACCUCGAAGAGCUCACCAUUGCUCCCAUUAUCUCAGACGACCUCUCCAUACUUUCCUCAGAAACCACCUACAACAAUCCCAAAUUUCCCGCAUUAAAGUCACUCACCCUCGCGCCCGCUUAUAAUCAUUCUACGGGAUUAACUCUAACGCUUGCAUCAGCGUGCUUCCCCGGCAUCGGGUUGCUCAUUCUUCCAAACGACCAUCAGUUUUUGAGGGAGGAAUUCUCAAUGGAGAAUGCUAAGCCUCGUUGGCCACAGCUUCAUAGUCUCGCUGUGCGUGACAUUGGUCAUGACAGGUAUGAGGAAAGCACGUUAUAUACCUUCGUCGAGGAUCGCCAACGUUUAGAACAUUUGUACUUGAUUGCCAUCAUCUUCAACUUGCGACUGUGCCAAACAAUGUGUGUGGGCCAUGCCGCAACUUCGCAGAAUCGCAAGGUCAGGCAACGCAACAAUCUUCGUCAACCAUUACUGAACAUCUACCUCCAGGGCUCAUCCAUCGGAAUGGCUACCUUCCUGGAUGACUCGGAAAUCACUAGAAACCUCUCAGACCUAGAGGUUUCUUCCGCGGAUGGCAAAGCCGCUCUUGCCAACGAGUUGCCACCCGAACUCCUGGUGUACAUUUUCGAAAUUGCACAGAACAUGCUGCCUCCAUCAGAACAUCUAUUUCGGCACUUUCCUCUCAUACUUGGGGGCGUCUCGCACUACUGGCGCGAAGUCGCGUUUGGAGCGCCCAUGCUGUGGUCGAACGUGGAUAUCUCGCAUCCUCGGAAUCUUGCUGUUUUACGAACCUACCUCAACAGGUCCAAGGACUACCCUAUUGAUUUGCAUUUGACCUAUGAUAUCACCAGGCUCGCACAUGAUGGGAGGGCAGAUCCUCGCGAUGUCGAUCAGCUCAUCGUUAUCCUGCAACCCCAUUAUUUUCAUUGUCGUUCCAUCAGACUCAGCUCUGGGACAUAUUACCAAGCUACUCCAGAAAUGUUUAGUCUUCUUAAGUCGAUGCGCGACGGUCAUUACCCCAUGCUACAGAGUUUUUUCGUCGAGGGUGAUGACAAGUAUGACACGACUCAGAUACAAUCAUGCACGAUUUUCAACGACGCCGCUCCGAACCUUACCAACGUGCGCUUAGCAGGGUUUGGUUUCAGCUACUGCCGACCUCCUCUCAAGGCUGUCACUGAGCUUCAUCUAGCAGUGGAACUUGAAGAUAGUAUCAUCCCCUUCACCGACUUCUCCAAAAUGUUACGAUCCUGUGAAUCGUUGAUAACAUUGUGCAUCUACGAUGAUUUGGUUCACAUAUGGCCAUCUGAUUUGGAAGAACUCACCAUUGCUCCCAUCGCCAAGGGCGACCUCACCAUUCUUCGAGAGAAUAACUCCGAUGGAGCCGCCCCUUCGAGACCUCGUUGGCCCGAGCUACACACCCUUGCAGAUCAGUUAGCGGUGGUAGAAGCGGAUCCUUGGCAGAUACAACGCGGGGAUGCUUUCUAUAGUGAUGAACAAGAUCGGUUUCUAGGAUCAGUUGCGAUUGAACAAUUGCUCAAGCUUCGAUCAUCGAUCGAAAUGGCUGAUCCCACACCAACAGACAAUUCUGGAGCCCCAGACUUUCCAGAUAGUCAGAAGGCGACUCUUGCCGACGAAUUACCACCCGAGAUUCUCGUUUACAUUUUCGAAAUGGCGCGAAACACAUUCCUUCCAGAAGAAGAACACUUACUCCGGCGCUUUCCUCUCGUUCUUGGGAUGGUAUCGCAGUAUUGGCGCCAAGUUGCCUAUGGGGCACCUAUGCUAUGGUCGAAUGUGUAUGUCUCGCAUGAGCGAGAUUUGGACGGUUUACAGGUCUACCUUGGCAGAUCCAGGGACCUUCCUAUUGAUCUGCACGUCGCCUAUGAUGACACCUCUGCCCCCGGCGGCGAGAGAGACGUUAGCAUGCUCAUAAGUACCCUGCGGCUCCAUUACCCACGUUGCCGCUCUAUCAGACUCAAAGCUCCUCACAAAGUCACUCCGGAAAUUAUGAGCAUCCUUGGCUCGAUGUGCGAAGGCCGUUAUCCAACACUACAGCGUUUUCAUGUCGAGGGCACAGACACCGGUGAACUUAUCUCAGAGCCGCGCGCAAUUGUAGCUGAUGCCCCGAACCUCACCAGCAUACGCUUAAGAGGUCUGGGCCUGACCUAUUGCCGCCCUCCUCUUACUGCAGCCACCGAGCUUCAUCUGGCAAUCUCAAUUAAUACAAUUCCCUACACCUACUUCUAUGCAAUGCUGGGCUCUUGUCAAUCCUUGAUCACAUUGUGUGUCUACGACGAUUUGGUUUUUGGAUGGCCUAUCAACCUCCGGACCGCUCAUGACAUGCCUUCUCUUCGUUACCUACGCAUCUUUGGAAAUAUGCUAGGUGUUUCUCAACUCCUCCUCUCUAUAUCUGCUCCGUGCCUGAAGGAACUCACCAUCGCUCCAGUUCUCAUGGGUGAUCUUGAGUUACUUCUUGUGGGAGCUUCUCGCAACGCCCCCCGAUUUCCGGCAUUAAAAUCUCUCACCCUCGCACCCGCCCACGCUGACGCUAUGGAAUCGACUCUAAGGCUCGCUAACACAUGUUUUCCUGGGAUCAAGUUGCUCGUUCUCCCCAAUUACUACAAGGGAUCUUUCAUAGAGUCUUUCAAGACAGAGGGGCAUGAUACCUCUGAGCAACUUUGGCCUGAGCUCGAUGGUCUCGCUGUGCGUGACAUCGAUGAGGGGCAGGAUCAAGGCGUGUUGUAUGAGUUUAUAAAGUUUCGUCAACUUCUGGGGGUGCCGUUGGGCACGUUAUACCUGGAUUCCUCGUCGAUGCCGAGGAUGACACGAAUGGACUGGCUUAAGGACCGUUUAUCGGUGGUGGAGGCGGAUCCUUGGAAGAUACAGUGUCAGAAUGCUUUCUAUUCAAACGAAGAAGACCGCUUCCUCGGAGCGGAGGAGUGA